AUGUUUGUGAAGACCACCUAUCGUGCUCCAUGUGGUCGAUUUUGUGUUGCUCUUCCGUUUCGCCCUAACGCCCAUGAGCUCGGGGAGUCUCGGUCUUUGGCCCUUAAACGUUUCUAUAAUCUAGAACGUAAACUGAUGAAAGAACCACAAAUAUACGCAGCUUUUUGCAAAUUUAUGAAUGACUAUCAAAGACUUGGCCAUAUGGAAGUUGCACGACAAGCUGGAAAAUACUACAUCCCUCACCAUGCAGUACUAAAGUCAGAUGGUGACAUUUCAAAGCUCCGAGUGGUCUUUGACGCUUCCGCCCGGUCGUCUUCCGGUUUAUCGCUCAACGACGUUCUAUAUAUAGGACCAAAACUCCAAACAGACAUCAGAGAUAUCCUUCUUCGUAUUCGACUACACCGAUAUAUUUUUAUCGCCGAUAUACGUGAAACACCCGAAGAAGAAAUAAAAGAGUUCGAGUUACUGAUGGUGACAUAUGGAGUUAGUUCAGCACCUUACUUAGCCAUUCGUUGUCUCCACGAGUUGGAUGCUCAAGAAAGUAAUCGAUUCCCAGGUACAAGAGGAAUUCUUACCACCAACACUUAUAUGGAUGACAUAGUCGUCGGUGCUGAUUCGGAGGAGGAACUUCUAUCACUCCAGAAACAAAUCAUUGCCCUUCUGCGGUCAGGUGGGUGCGAAUUGAAAAAGUGGACGAGCAACUGCCCUAAAAUAUUGCAACAAGUACCACCGGAGGAUCGUGCUCAGCAGGCGUCAUUCGAUCCAAAAGAGGAUCAGACUCUCAAGGUUCUCGGUCUUCACUGGGAUACUGACUCUGACUACUUCGCAUACCAUACUCGAACUCCGGAAUCUCAGCUAUCAAGGCGGAAGGUUCUAUCCGUUAUCGCUCGAUUAUUUGAUCCUAUUGGGUCCUUGGGUCCAAUGCUUAUGUGGGCAAAGGGAUUCAUGCAGAAGCUUUGGCACGAACACCUCCAUUGGGACACGCCGCUACACGAGAAUCUGAGCACGGCCUGGAACCAAUUUCUGACAGAGUUACCAACCAUACAUCAAGUCACUCUGCCACGUUAUAUCAAUGUUCAGUCCUGCUCUGAUAUUCAACUUCUCGGAUUUUCUGACGCAUCAAUGAAGGGUUAUGCUGCUACCAUUUAUUUGAGUGUUGUCUACACUUCUGGAAAUGUGCCUGUUCAUUUUGUGUCUUGCAAGACAAAGAUUGCUCCAAUCAAAACUUCUCAACUAAAUGAAUCAUUAUCAAUACCUUGUUUAGAAUUAUGCGCCGCAUUGUUAUUGGCUCAAUCACUAUCUCACAUUCAAGAGGUUCUCUCAACUACAAUCAACAUAUCUCAAGUUCGUGCUUGGACUGAUUCAUCGAUUGUCCUAUCGUGGUUGUCGUCUGAAAAAAAAUAUUUUAAGAUAUUCGUCACUCAUCGCGUUGUAAAAAUCCAUACACUGGUUCCUAAUUGUCACUGGGGUCACGUUCGUACGCAUGAAAACCCUGCUGACCCGGCGUCACGAGGACUUCUACCCGCCACCAUGGCAUCUUCGUCACUACAUUGGAACGGACCAGAAUUUUUAAAUCGUCCUGAAAAAGACUGGCCAGCGUCAACGUUCAGUCCAGUGCCCUUAGAAGAGUUGCCAGAGACCAAAGCCGAUAAAGCAACCGUUCUCCAAGUCACUAAAAAUCUACCGCCUAUUGAACCCUUUCACCGCUUUUCAUCCAUAGUCAAAAUGCAAGGAGUCCUAGCCUAUUGUUUCCAUUUCAGUCGUCGACCUGUGUUAACUGGUCCACUCACAAGAGCAGAAUCGGAUCACGUCUUAACCACUGCCGUUAGAGAGACACAAAGGAUAUAUUUUUCCAGUUUAAGGAAACAGUUGACUACAUCGCAGAUGAUAACUCCCGCUUCACUCGCUCAACUUGCCCCAUUUUUUGAUAAUGAUGGUUUGAUUCGUGUUGGAGGUCGUCUUCGAUAUUCAGCGUUAAGUGAAGAUGUGAAACAUCCUAUUCUUUUGCCACAUUCUGCACAUGUCACUCAAUUAUUAAUUCGUCAUUAUCACUUGAGUUUCCUUCAUGGUGGACCCAAAUUGGUCUUAUCCAUGAUGUCACAUAAGUUCUGGAUCAUCUCUGGUCGUGACGCCAUCCGACGAUUCAUCUUUUCAUGUGUCACGUGUAGCCGUCACAAAGCAGAUAACCCUCGACCAUUUAUGGCAGAUCUCCCAUCAAGCCGCGUUCAACCACACCUACCUUUUUUACACGUGGGUAUGGAUUACGGAGGGCUGUUCGUCAUCAAAGAAUCUCGCCUUCGUAAUGCUCGCACUUCAAAGGUGUUUGUUGCUCUGUUCAUCUGCAUGUCAGUAAAGGCGGUCCAUUUGGAAAUUGUUUCAGACUUGACUACAGACGCCUUUCUCGAUGCAUGA